AUGUACAUUUGUGCCAGGUUUUCCACUGCGGUAGCUUGUUGGAUCACCGCAUCCACAUGGGCCACAACAGAGACAGGCAGUCCGCCGCUGUCUUUGGCUCCCGUAUCUAGAUCCUUUGGAUCCAAAAUUCCCUUGAUCUUCCGUCUGAUGGUAUCCAUUGCCACUUGUGGUUGCAAACCUUUCGAGUCAGCUUCCUCUACUGUUCUCGUUCUGCCGUAUAAUCUUCAUGGUCACCUCGCAGGUCUUUCUGAACGUUCCCUCGUAUCCCGUCACCCCCAUGGCCGCAGUCAUGUUCUGGGUCAAUCUGAACGGAACACGCUCUGGAACAGCAAGUUUCUUACCUUUGUCGAAGAGACAGUCAAAGUCAACAUGGAGAAUCUGUCCGGACAGCUCGCUCAACAUGAUGUUGUCUCCGUGACGAUCACCCAUUCCAACCAAAUACCCAACAAUCGACAUCACAGCACACGUUUUAGUGUAGUCGUUUCGGCACUGGUACCAAUUCACAGGGUUCGGGAACUGGUCCUGGAACCAAACUUGCAACACCGGCUGGUACAUCUUGGUGAGUUUCUGGAAGUUGUGGAUCUUUUCUGUCACAGAAAGCUCCUCGUUCAGCAGCUGCUUGAUCUUGCCAAAGUCCAUCACAAUUCCUUGCCGUUGCAGGUACGACAACAUGAUAUCUCUCAUAGUUUUCACGUUGUCCACCCACUCAAUCAGCCCCAUCGUCUCGUUCAGAGGAACAACGGCGUAGUUAUUGAUGGUCAGGUUCCGUUUGUCUGCUUCCGAAUCCAGCUUCAACAGUCUGUCCAUGACAGUGGUGAAUUCCAUCAACUUGGCGUCCUUUCUCAAGUCGUCAUGCGGCUUGCACAAGAUACUGUAUCGGCGACCGUCUGUGCCUGUGAUGUACAAUCUCCGCGGACGCUGCAUAGAAGACAGGAUACUGACCUUGGAAUCAAAGUUUCUGAACGAAAUAAACUUGUCAACUUGGUAGUUAUUGGACUUUCGCAGCGUAUUGUGGUUGACACCGGUAGCUAG